GCUCUCAGAUAAACAAGGACAGAUUAGUCUGAGUAUUUUUAAAUUCAAAAUUCUCAAUCCCCAAAUUCUAUCAUGGGAUACAGAUUUUUCAUCAGCCAAUUCCCAACAUAACAUGAGCCCUGUUUCUCAUUUUCGUUUUCUUAAACGUCUCAUGUUCAAACUCUAUUGACUUACUGAUAGUGUGUGAGAAACCACCCUUAUAUCACUUGUAUAAAAAAAAUGAAAAAAAAAAAAUCUUUUUGGUCCUUGCUCUACUAGCUGAACUCAGGUUUCAUCACUUCAAUUUUCUAGCCUCUUUUUGGACAAUUUCCACACAAAUCGUGGGUUAUUGGCUACACUGUUCUACCUUUACUCUUUUGCUUUUUCUUCAAUAUUACGUUUCCUCUCUAAGCUAUAAUUGGUUUCAUCACUUUAACAAACUUCAAACCACGAAUUCAUCAACAAGAUGAAGGUCUUCACCACCCCAACAUCCCUUGAUCGUGUACUUGAGCCGUCACCGGACAUGAAAGAGUCAGUGAUGGCCGUGGAGAAGAUCGUAGGCUACAACUUCAAGAACAAGAAGCUUCUAGAAGAAGCUCUCACCCACCCCUCCGUCGCUGGGUCCGCUUCCUAUCAACGCCUCGAGGUCCUCGGCGACAGCGCUCUAAACCAUGCAGUGACCAACUACUUCUUUUGUAUGGCUGACCACCAAAAGUUCACCCAAGGCCAAAUCACUAAGCUACGCUCCGCCAAUGCUGGGAACCUCAACCUCGCCCGCGUCGCCGUUCAUCAUGGGCUUUAUCGCUACCUUCGCCGCCACAAUACAGCUGAUCUUGAUGAUCAGGUUAGGGAGUUUACUGAAGCUGUAACUAAUGGAGAAGAAGAGCCGGGGCUUGUAUAUUGUAAAUCUGAAGAAGCCAAAGUUCUUGCAGAUAUUGUUGAAUCCGUGGCAGCUGCUGUUUACAUCGAGUUGAAUUUUGAUCUCGAUAGACUAUGGAUGAAAUUUAAGCCUCUUUUGGAGCCUAUAUUUACUCUUGAAAACUUGCAUGACCCCACGACAGAAUUGAAUGAGUUUUGCCAGAAGAACGGGAAGCGCUAUCAAAUCAAGCUGCGGCCGAGACAUGAGACCCGAGAUGUAAGUAUUGCUGAUGUCUAUGUUGAUGACGAGUUUGUUGCCUCAGGUUGGUCUAACAAGAAGAAAGGUGCAAAGCGCAACGCUGCUAUAGAAGCUGUAAAUAAGUUGUUUCAAUCGGUGGUUGUUGACGAUGGGUCGUUCCAAGGUAGUGCAGUUGGAAACAACAUGUCAUUUCGUAUUGAAGAAGCGAUUCAGGGGUUGCAUGUGCUUUGUGUCAAGAAGAGGUUGCCUAAACCUUCAGAAUACAAAGAAGAGAACGUGUUUGGUCCUCCACAUGAGAAGAAAUAUGUAUACUCAGUUAAAGUGGUAACUUCAGAUGGUACCGUGCAAUCUGUGACGGGAGAUGAAAAGCCAAGGAAAAAAAAAGCGAUGAAUUCUGCAUCUUACAAGAUGAUCCGUGCUUUACAGCAAAGAAGCUAAUAAUAUGGUCAACAGCAAAGAAGCUGAUCGUAUGAUCAACACCAAAGCUUCGAAUGAUCAACAGCAAAGAAGCUUAUCAUACGAUCAAGACCGAAGAAUCCGAUUGCAUGAUCAAGAUCAAAGAAUGGGAUUGCAUGAUGGGUUAUAUUCCCUCACUCUACAAAGUUUGGGCUAAGGCCAUAGGGUGAUAAUAAGUCUCUUGGUUUUUUGUUUGAAGGGAAUACGCCUGCUAGUUUGUUUAUCCUUAUGUGUGUUACUUACACUAGUUAUUGUCUCUGUUUUAUCCAACUUGGUUAUCUUUUGCCAAGGGGUUAAGUAAUUCCUAUUAAGUGUCAUGAGGUGAAGGUCUCCUUCAAUUUACCUAUAUAUGUAUAAAUUCCUUUAGCCGGACUUGGCAAGGCAUGUGAAGAAGAUAAUCUCAUUGUCUCUAUAAUUUCUACA